AUGACAUACAAAUCGAUUGAUUCCGUUGCUAAUCAAGAUGAUGUUGACAACUAUUCAACGGAGUUUUUAAAUUCGCUGGAAUUGCCGAGAUCUCAUAAUCUGCAAUUAAAAAUCGGAUCGGUAAUCAUUAUGUUGCGGAAUAUAAACCAGCCACGUCUUUGUAAUGGCACCCGACUUGUGGUGAAAAAAUUAAUGAACAACGUAAUCGAAAGCCAUAAUUUCGAAAGGAAAGUACAAAGGCGAAGACGUUUUGAUUCCACAGAUUCCUUUGAUUCCGAACAGCAUGCUAUUCGACAGGUUGCAAUUUCCAGUGCGGUUAGCAUUUGA